GCGAUAUUUGGAUCUUGUAGGAGGGUUACAUACGUCUUCAAUGAAAUGGGGAAGGGAUAAAUGUUCUGAAAUUUAAGAUAUCCUCUACGCUAGGGAGUCUUGUCGAGAAGAAAAUGGCCACUUCCGUCGCUGCUUCCUUUCAAAUCAGAUUCAGUUCCAGCAGCUUAACAUCACAUGAGCUUUGCCAUUUAACCCCAAACCCUAAUCAAUGGAGGUCUUCACAUUUAGCCAAGAGCUAUAAGUUCGUCACAUCCAUACACAGACCAUUGAAGAGUUCUGUGGUUGCCCCAAUGGCUCUAGGAGCAAAGCAGAAUACAAGUCAAGAUACAGAUGACAUGUAUGAUGACUUGUUUAAGAAAUAUGGGAAGGUUGUUUACAAAAGCAAUGACAAAAAAUCUCCUGUUGCAGAUGUUGAUGAUGAUGCUGAGUGCUUGGCUUUUGCUGUGGCAAUGGCAAAGAUUGCAAGUGAUGUGAAGGGUGGAGAUAUAAAACUCCUGUUUGUUAAGCCUCUGGUUUAUUGGACAAAGUUUUUCCUCAUUACAACUGCUUUUUCUAGACCUCAAAUUGAUGCCAUAAGGAACAGAAUAAAUGAUCUAGCUGAAAAACAAUAUGGGAUAUUUGCAACUGGAGAUACAAAACCGAAUUCAUGGACAUUGUUAGACUUUGGUGACAUAGUAGUGCACAUAUUUCUUCCGGAACAGAGAGAACUUUACAACUUGGAAGAGUUUUAUGCGAAUGCAACUCUCAUAGACUUGCCUUUUAAAAACGAAAACAACUUUCAACGUUGAAAAGAUAUCAACUAAGUUGUAGAUUAGAGGGUUGUAUUUUUAAAAUGAUUAUUGUAAUUUUAAAAUAUAUUUAAUGAUAGUUAGGUAAUUUUACCAUCA